AUGAGAAACAGUCUACGUCGAUUCAAAUUGUUUUUAAACAAAUCAGUGAAAAUGUUUAAUCUAUAUCAACACAUGAAAGCAAAUAAUGAGGGUAAAGAACAAAAGGAACCGGAGACGACAGGUCACGACAGGUUUUAUCAGGAGCGUCCGAGGACCAGCUACAGGAAGAAGAAGAGACGCGGUGCCUGCAGGAGGGCUCAAUCGGCUGCUGAACUGAACCCUGAUUCUAUUGCAGCAGCGAACAGAAGGAACGCUUUCAGAAUACGCUCUGUUUCCACAGACAGGGAUGAAAGUGAAGACGCUGCGAAACAGGAUGAUGCUGAAGGAUCAUCGUGCGCUUGUAGUUCAAAAGAGAAUUCCGAACGUACUCCUCUAGUGGCGCAGAAAAUAGACUCAUUAGCGAAAUUACUGUUCAACAAGUCGCUGAUAGGCACCGCGUCUGGUAAAUCUUCACCUUCUGAACCACAAGCAUCGCCCAGAGUCGGUGAUCGUUCCAUGGAAAGCUCCGCUGCUCUAGCAAUCUGCACUGAAUAUUUGUCACAGACGUCCAGAUAUGACUUGCUCUCACAAUUGAGCGCUAUCGGUUCCCGGGCAAACAAGCAUUGGUUUGCAAUACACGACAAUUCCAUCAAAACUGAUAGACUUCUCACGUUGAUGCCUCUAACAAACAAGUGCCCCAUCGAACCGAACGAGAGGUCCAGAGGUCUCAUUAUGGAGUUAUUUCGGGCUCUGCACCAUCCAUAUAUCUGUCCAGUACUUGAUUUGGAACUGUGUAAUGGUCACGCUCUCGCAGUCUUGCCUUUCAAUGCUCGUGGCAGUUUGAGAGAUCUAAUUUACAAGAGUACCUGGAAUGAGGAAUAUUCCCGUAAAUACAGCUCAACGGGCACCGGUCUACCAGCGUGGCAAGUGGCCAGGUUCGGCCGACAGAUGCUCGAGGGUCUGAUGUUUCUUAAGGAGAAGGGGUUCCCGCCAUUCCGCCACUUGCAUUCUGGCAAUGUGGUCGUACAGAACGGGGUGGCAAGGAUAUGUGGUUUGGAGAACACUCUGAUUGGAGCACUCCCUCGAUGUCCGUUGGCACUGGCCGCUCCGCUCGAGCACGUGGAAACUCUGUCACUCGGUCACGUGCUGUUCGAAAUGUGCGCAGGCGCAGAAUUAGACAUCUCAUUACUACCGGACCUGUUACCAAGUUAUCCACAUGUUGUGGAGAUAAUAGAGCUGAUAUUUGGUGUCCGUACUCCGAGUCUGCACGAGUUGGUGUUGUGUGAACUGUUCAGAAAGAUAGACUUGCGUGAGAUGAAAGGUCCCUGUCUACCGAAUUUCAGUCAACGCCUCUCACAAUCGUGCCUAUCAUUGCUGGGCGAGGUGGCUCGGCGGCAGCCUGGCUCGCCCAGGACUCGAACCCCGCCACGACGUACCGGCCCCGCCUCUCCAGGUACUCCAACAGCACGGAGGAGACAUUUCCCGAUGGAACAGGACUACACCGAGGAGUGGCAGUGGUGAUAUCAAAUUAUGAUCCACAAUUAAUUAAAUUGGUGAUGAAAUUAAAUAAAUUGACAAUUAACAAAAAUAUGUACCCGAGUUUCAUUUUUUGCAUAACAUAUAUAUAUAUUUAUUAAAACGUGACUUCUUGACCGAUUACUACUAAUCCCUUCCUCGUAUGAAAAAUG